GACCUCAACCCAGAAUCGAACCAUGUAACCUCUUCUUGUGAAACAAAAACACUAAAGAACCUUCGCAAUCACGCCGUUUACAGUGAAACGCAGAAACACUUCAUUGGUGAAAAGUUACAAGCCACUUCCCACCUCAUCUGUCCACUGCGCCUGUCUUACCAGUGAGCGUAUAAAAACGUUUCUUGAGACGGAAGUGUUUUUCCAAGUUGUAUACGAAAAUAAUUGUAGAAAAGAGGUUUGAAGACCGUUUUAAACGUCGCUUGAGUCACCAUGCAACUCCUCGUGCGAGCACAAAAUGGGCAUGUUUUAAAUAUUACUGGCCAGGAGACUGUCCUGGAUAUUAAGGCUAUGAUCGAAGUCUUGGAAGGCCUAGCUGUUGAUGAUCAGUUGAUUAUGCUGGCUGGUACCCCACUGGAAGAUGAUGUGAUUGUUGGCCAAUUUGAUACUGGUGAGAACUUCAGCUUGGAUGUAUCUGUCCGAAUGCUGGGUGGCAAGGUCCAUGGUUCACUCGCCCGAGCUGGAAAAGUCAGAGGUCAGACUCCAAAGGUAGCAAAACAAGAAAAGAAGAAAAAGAAGACAGGCCGUGCAAAGAGACGCAUGCAAUACAAUCGUCGUUUUGUGAAUGUUGUUCCAACGUUUGGCAAGAAGAAAGGGCCAAAUGCUAAUUCAUAACAUUUUUGAUGUAACAUUUUAUUAUGUUGUCUAAUCUUUUUCCAGAGUUUGCAGAAUAGAAUAUUUUCUGACUUAUACUAGAGCACAAUAAAUUGUUUGCAUGCCUUUG